GCAGCAUGGCGGCCACUUCGGUGGGGACGACUCCAGCGGGGACGACCCCCACGGGCCCGACCCCGGGAGGAAGCACGCCAGAGAAAAAUUCUUCAUCUGAGGAGGAAGGAGAAUUUUUGUCUUCAGAUUUUCUAUCAAUUGAGCAGAUCACAAAUUUGCUAGCUGAGGACAUUGGAGCAGAUGGAAUUCAAGAAAAACUGCGAACAUUUUUGAAUUUCAAAAAUAUUCAUACUCACUUAAAGGAUGCCAUUCUACUAGAUUAUUAUGUGUCUGGAUUCUUGUGGGCUAAAGAAAUGGACUUCUCUAUUCUUCAAAAUUCAAAAUUUAUGAAUUUACUAAAUAUGGUGCUUCAUAAUCUCAGUACACUACGUAUGUCCUUAAAGGAAAACAUAAAGUGGCUUGGGGAAGUUAUGGCUGAACUUGGACCACACCCUUCUGUUUCAGAAAAUGAGCAGUGGAAUACUUUUGAUGUGAAACAAGCCAAUGCUAUUAUUGAUUAUUUCAAAACCAGUUUAUUUCAACACUACAAGCUCUAUGAGUUUUUGUUUUUCUCUCCAAGAGAAGAAAUCGUGAUUGGAACCGAGCAAGUGAUAGAGGUUGUCAGGCCUACAGGCUACCAAUUCCCAGAUCCACUGGAAGAAGGAAUCUCCUUUGACAUUUAUUCAACAUUCAUAGAGCCAGUAUCAACACUGGAUACAGAUGUGAAGGCUGAAGAACAAGAAAUUCCAGAGGAGAGCCAGGCAGAAAGUGACACUGUAGAAAUGGAUCCCUUAGUCGGCUACACCAUUGAAGAUGUAAAAUCAGCUCUGGCUCAAGUGACAGAUAUCUUACUGGGCAUUCAGACUGAGAUAAACCAAAAGCUGCAAAUACAGGAAGAGGCCUUUAAUGAACGAAUUGAAAAAUUGAAAAAAGUCUGAAGAAUUGAGUAACAAGGAGAACGUUGUUGAACUUCAAGAAACAAACCAAAGUCAUCAAAAUAAUGAUUCUCUAGGGCACCAGAUCUUCAUCAUUUAGCUGAAAAAGGAAAACCCAGCCCCACUUUUUAUUAUCCUAAGUAAUUAGAAAAGUAGAAGCCUCAACUUUGCCAUCGCCUGCCCUAUAACUGCCACUCCAUUUAUUGCAUCACAUAUAAGAGAAUACUUUGGAUACAAGAGUUUGGAGAAUUAUACGUAAAACUAUAAUUACUUUUAUGAUGGCUUUUUGACAUUUGGGCUAAUAAAUGCUAUUCAUCUUCA